AUGGACCCAUUUCCCCUCGCGACGGUCGAUCACCAGCCCAGACUCGCGCAACAAGGCCAUGUGACGGGAGACUUUCGGCUGCGACUCGGUGGUCGCGGCGCAGAGAUCGCAGACGCACAAUUCUCCUGCUUCACGGAGCAGCAUGACGAUGGAGAGCCGCGUUUCGUCGGAGAGGGUUUUGAAGAGCUGGAGCGGCGGAAAACAGGCGAGUCCGGCACGCUGGCCCGCUCUCUGGAUGCAAUUGCCGACCAAGCAAAACCCGUGACCGUCGUUGUGCGCGUUGCUCAGGGUGAAACUGAAGCGGAAACAACCUCCAACAUUAUCGGCGGCGUGACAGCUGACGGUAAAAAAACGGGCAUGAAAGCGCUGUUAUCUGCGCAGUCCCAGCUCGGCGUUAAGCCGCGCAUUCUUGGCGUGCCGAUCUCUACACCGAAAUGCCGGUGA